UUCAUCGCCAAGUGGGAAAUUCUAUUUCUGCAAAAGAAGUUUUUAUUCUGUGACUUUUGUAAGAAGUUUAAUAACUGAAGAGCUAGCGCAGAUCAAACGGAACACACAACGCACAAGCGCCGAAGUUGAAACCAAAAGGAAAAGAGAAGGAAAACUCGUAAGAGAAGUCACAACAAAGUCGACAGAAUGGGCGAUGAAGGUGGCGGCAUGAGAGCUGGGGGCGAUCUCAAGUCCUUCUUAAUUGAUUUCAUGAUGGGCGGCGUAUCGGCCGCCAUUGCCAAGACCGCGGUGGCGCCCAUCGAGCGCGUCAAACUGAUCCUUCAGGUGCAGGAGGUAUCCAAACAGAUAGCACAGGAUCAACGCUACAAGGGUAUUGUGGAUUGUUUUGUGCGCAUACCACGCGAACAGGGAUUUGCAUCGUUAUGGCGCGGCAAUUUGGCCAAUGUGAUACGUUAUUUUCCAACACAGGCUCUUAAUUUUGCCUUCAAGGAUGUGUACAAGUCGGUAUUUUUAGGUGGCGUCGAUAAAAAGAAACAAUUUUGGCGCCACUUCAUGGGCAAUUUGGCUUCUGGUGGCGCUGCCGGCGCCACUUCUUUGUGCUUUGUGUAUCCGCUGGACUUUGCUCGUACUCGUUUGGCCGCAGAUGUUGGCAAGGGAGGUCAGCGCGAGUUCAAUGGAUUGAUCGACUGCCUCCGAAAGGUGGUGAAAUCGGAUGGACUGAUUGGACUGUAUCGCGGCUUUAUUGUGUCCGUACAGGGCAUUAUUAUCUAUCGUGCCGCAUACUUUGGUUUCUACGAUACGUGUCGCGAUCAUUUGCCAAAUCCGAAGAAUACACCCUUCUAUGUCAGCUGGGGUAUCGCCCAGGUGGUUACCACCAUAGCUGGCAUCGCAUCCUAUCCGUUCGAUACGGUCCGUCGUCGCAUGAUGAUGCAGUCGGGCCUCAAGAAAUCGGAGAUGGUCUAUAAAAAUACCGCCCACUGCUGGUUAGUGAUUGCCAAGCAGGAGGGACCCGCUGCCUUUUUCAAGGGCGCCUUUUCCAAUAUUAUUCGCGGCACUGGCGGCGCCCUUGUUCUGGCUAUUUAUGAUGAAUUCAAGAAGUACGUAUAAAUUAAUAAACACCGCUCCCCACCCAACCCCCCGGCCUCGCCCCCACCACCGCCAACGUCCCGGCUACUGUCCAUUGUCUCCCGUCGCAGAACACGGAGCUGGUGGAUGUUCCCGAAAUAGCCCAUCAAUAUAUAAUAGAUCAACAAACAUUGGAAUUAUCUCGAGAAACAGACUCAAAUCAAACGCUUAUCGAAAUACAUGAACGUGUGAACUGUUACCAACAACUCGACAGUGGAUCCAUGUUAUUUUCGGACUUUUCUUUAUCGUUUUUGUUCUUGUGAUGGCUAUUUCAGAAAUUUACCAUAAAUUGACAGUGAAUUAAAGGAUAUUAAAAUUAAAUUA